AUGGAUCUUUUUUUUAAAGAUUAUUCAUGUUCUUAUUGGCAUGGUCGUGUACCUCAUCAAGGUUUACUUUAUUUAUCUAAAAAAGCACCUAAAGUAAUAUCUGAAUUAAAAUGUGAUUUUGAUGCAAAAUGUCGCAGUGAAAUCUAUCGAUAUAGUUUUCGUUUACCAUUAAAUGAACAUCUAGAUGCUCUUUUAUCUUCACUUUAUUUACAAUUUAAUAAUAAUUAUACUGAAGAACGACAAGCAUUUGAAAAGAUUCGAGAAGCUGCUUGGUAUAUACAUUUUACUAUAUAUGGAAGAGGUUCAACAAUGUAUCGAAUAAAUGAAUUAUAUGAAUUAAUAUUUCAAGGUGUACUUUAA